GAAUAAUAGCUUAUAUAUAGUGCGCCAAUAAGUACUCGAUACUUCUUUGAUCGCGGGGUUCGCGCAUGUGAGUACAUAAUCGAAGAACAACUCAAAAGUUGCAUGUUGCUUUGCUACCAGUGAGAUGUUUAGCGUCAACUUCUAGCGAUUAUCUUCAGUAAUACCACCAAUCUGUUGGAGUUCACGAGCCUUCGGGCUGUGUACCGUCGAAAUGGCUCCAUCAGCAAAUCUGACUACGAAGUUGAAAGUCCAACUGAAGCUAUCCAUUGCACGACUGCGCAUGGUGCAGCAGCGCGAUGAAGCUAUGGGGAAGACUCAAAGAAGGGCGAUGGCCCAAUUACUAGACGUUGGUAAGAUCGAUUCGGCGAAGAUAAGAGUCGAGAAUAUCAUUCGAUCCGAUAUCACUACAGAACUCCACGAGAUCCUUGAAUUGUAUUGCGAGUUGCUACUAGCGCGGGCUGGCCUUUUAGAGGGCAGCAUAUGCGAUCCUGGACUGGAAGAGGCAGUGAAAAGCAUCAUAUACGCUGCCCCCAAGACAGAGAUCAAAGAAUUACAGCAGGUACGCGCACUUUUGGGGGAGAAGUAUGGCAAGGAAUUCGUGUUGUCGGCUAUGGAAAAUUCAGAUCAGAAGGUCUCCGAAAAGGUCGUCAAGAAACUCAGCGUCACUCCACCUCGAGAAGAGCUUGUCCAGGGUUAUCUGGAAGAGAUCGCAAGGGCGUACGGGGUCAACUGGCCGAGACGAGCUAAGGAUUUGGGGGAACCACCGGAAUUCGUGGACGACAACACGGGCGAUAGUCCAAGCGGUGGUCAAGCACAGAAGGCCUCUGAGGCAGCUCAUUCUGCUGACAGCAAAGCCGCGCUGGAAAGGGAAGCGCUGAACCGUGCAACACCUCCUCGAUCCCUAGGACUGGAUACUCCCGUGCAUGUUAAUCCACCAAGUCCAUCCACCGAUAAUCCUCGCCCUAGAGUCACGUUGAACUCGGUGGAAUUGAAGCCUAGUCAGAAGAUGAUUGAUGCUGGCAUAUCAAAGGCCAGCGAUAGUAAGAAGGAUGGGAUGAGUCUUGAUGAACUAACAGCUCGCUUUGCUGCUCUAAAGCGUUAAUGCGUCUAAAUCCCGGGAAGACAUUUCGCUCUCCGAUAGAGCUGCCUACUUUUCCUUGGUUUUAUCUUACGGUUCAUCCCUUAUUAAAUUACAUAGGUACCUAUCUUAUAGUAAACCUGCUGGCUACAUAACUAUGUGUGCCCAAAUACGUUAUCAACAACACUGGUUAUGAAAAACGCAAUAUUGUUCUAAGUACUCAAUCCAGUUUAUACCAUAGUUG